CACUGCCAACCGAUCAAAGGCUUUAAAGUUUUAUUUUUUUUUCUUCCUCAUCCCAACUUGCUUUCGCUUAUUGUGGUGGUAAAUUUAUCCUUUCCUGUCCAGUUUACUCUGAGACGGACGUCUUUCGCUUUCCCCUCUCACUGACCACUUGGGAAUUAAAAAAAAAAUCUGUUUUCUACCUAUUUAUAUACCAAACCUUACCUUAAUCAUAAUCCAUUAACAAUGCAUUUCACAAACGUCCUCGCCGGAAUGGCGGCCAUGGCUGCCACCACGGCCAACGCAAUCCAGGGCUUCAACUAUGGUGCUUUCUUCCUGAAUCAGCAACCCAAGUAUCAGGUCGACUUUGAAUACGAGUUCCGUCGUGCUCAGCAGCUGCCGGGCACCUCGGGAUGGAACUCUGCCCGCUUGUACACCAUGGUUCAAUGGCAGACCGCCAACGACGUUGUCCAGGCCAUCCCCGCCGCCAUCAACACGCAGACAUCCCUCCUGCUCGGCCUGUGGGUCUCGGGCGGCACGCAGGCCAUCGAGAAUGAGCUGGCUGCGCUCCGCAAGGCCAUCGACCAGUACGGCACGGCCUUCACGUCGCUCGUCGUCGGCAUCUCGGUAGGCUCCGAGGAUCUGUACCGCAACACCAACAACGAGGUCGGCGUCGACGCCGCAUACCUUCUCAACUGCAUCCAGCGCACCCGUGACCUCAUCCGCGGCACGGCCCUUGCAAACGUCCCCGUCGGCCACGUCGACACCUACAACGCAUUCCUCGACGGCCGGAACGCUGCAGUCAUUCCUGCCAUUGACUUUAUUGGGUUCGACGGCUACCCCUACUGGGAGCAGACCCUCCCCAACUCCAUCGACAACGGUCGUGAGCGCUUCUACGACGGUCUGAACAAGACCAUCGCCAUCUCCCAGGGCAAGCCCGUCUGGAUCACCGAGACUGGAUGGCCCGUCGUUGGAAAGCAGAUCAACCAGGCUGUGGCCAGUGCGCAGAACGCCAGGAAGUACUGGCAGGACGUCGCGUGCUCGCUGGUCCGUUCCAACAUCAACAUCUGGUGGUACAAUCUUCAAGAGUCUCAGUGGGGGCAGGCAGAGACUGACUUCGGUAUUUAUGGCGCUGGUGACCUUUUCUCCAUCAACCCAUACUACGAUCUCUCCUGCUAAAUGUGGUAUGCCUGCUGUUGGAAUUAGGCCAUAGACUUAUUGGGAAGAUGAAUACUGUUUUGCUUUGAACUUUGUCGAUUCUGUACAUUGAUGGAUACAAUUGGUAUAGGAUUGACAUCAAAAUAAUAAACAGGAGACUUGAGAUCA